CCUAUAGAAUUAUUAGUUAAAAUUGAACCUAUUCUAAGUAUAUCCCCUUAUUACAGGCGUUAUGCUAUCCCGUCUUAAUCUCACACUCUCCGAGGGAUACCUCUUGGGCAGUAUGGACUAUCCUAAUAGAGACCCGGACCGUCACAGGGGUGGAGAGUAUGUGGGCAACGAACAUGCCGAAAUCGAGGAAACCUACUUGGAUAGGGUAAUGAUUAUCGUCCCGAAGGAGUUUGCAUUGGUCCCCUUGAUUGGCGAUACGUAUUCUCACGAGGACUUGAAUGCUGUGAUGGUCCGACUGCGGGACACCAUCGGCGCAGACGCCCACAGCAAAGGCCACGACACCGACACGUCAAUGCGAAAGCUGAUUCUUCAGCUCUGCGACAACGUUUUGAACAAAAAGCCCGACAAGCGCAGAACGUCCGAACAAGACUUUCGUCGCGGUCAUGUUGCAGUCACGGCGGCUAUUUUCGGCGAUGCGCCUCUCUUUCACAAAGCCGUGGUACAAACCCACGGGGCCUGGGCCGGCGCCUCCUGUUUCGCACUCGGCGUAACCAUGGAUUUCCAGGAACCCUCAGUGGACGAAAAGGAUCUGAUCACAGCUCUGACGAAAGGAGAUACGCUCGAGAUCUGUCGCCGUAGCAUUGUGCAGUUCCAUCGUGGGUUCUGCGAAGCCAACCGCGGCCGGGAAGAUCAAGCCAAGGCGGAGCACGCACAGCAGUGGUAUACUGACCGCCUGGUCGAGGUGCUUCGUAACAUCUCGGAUGUCGUGGACAAAGACUAUAGCGCUCUGCUGGGGAUCAUUUUGGAGGACCAAGUUCGGCAUACACCACAACAACGAGAGGUCCUCGACGAGGCAGCUGUCUGCUUUCUUCAUGGCUUCGGCCAUCAUGGCGGUAUCGUGAACGGACUGACGAUCAAGGUACUCAUCGAAUUACAAAAUCUGGGCAACGUCCGUUCAAUGUUUCUUCACUCUGUUCUGCACAUCCUUCUGGAACCCGCAAUCUCGACCUUCGACCUUGAACGGUAUUACAACCGCCUUCAGCUCGAUUAUCCAUACGGUUGCCGGAUCUUUCAAGAUGGAGAGAAAGAGGGAAAGAGGGAAACCCGAAUCAGCAAUGCCGGGCCGAUCCGAUCGUUCUAUGACUGGGCAGCGGCGUACAGCGAGGACGCCGCUUCUAGAUUGCUGUGGAAGCUCCAGAUGCAGGCUUCCCGAGCCACGAAGGCGACAGUGCAGGGGAUUUUGCCGCCGCUAAUGGCUGAAUUAAUGCCAUCGGUGAACACGGACUCCGUGGAAGUGCAGCGUUGCUUCCAAUCGCUCGUGAAAAUAUACAUCACCAAGACCGUGGGCGAGGAGCCGUCGAAGCCAAGGGACUGGGCUCGCCCAGCCGAAGUCAUCAGCAAGUGCCGACGGUCCAAUGACUUGCCUUGUGACAAGUGUCGCGAGAUCAACGACUUCUUACAAGACCCCAUGGCCCAGAAACACACGAUGGACUUACAAUUUGACAGACUUCAUCUGAUACCCUCCUUCCACCAGUUCAUGUUUUUCCGAGUCGAGGAAGUGGCCCAAGGCCACCGAACUUGUCUUACGAAGACCCUAGGGUGGUGGGAACGUCGCCACCAGGACUGGGAGCAAGCGGCCGGAAUGGCAACCAAAGCUCUCCAGGAUCUGCCGCAGGACAAGCUGCAAGAACUCCUCGCCGACCAAUACGGCACGCUCAUGGCCCUCGACCCGGUCAGGACCGAGUCCGCCAAGUUGCCCAAACGCCGGCCGGACGAGAAUGAGAGCACGACCGAACCUGGGGUGCUACCGAAACGCAUCCGGUGCGGGGAGGAAUCGACGGGAGACUGCAAAGGCGAUUGGACGCGACUGCGGAGAGAUCCACGGCCGAAUUAGACAGUAGUAUUAGAGGGGUGAGGGCGGCGCUGUUCUCUCUCCUUGGGCCACACUUCCCCCAUAUGGUGUUUGGCCUGUUACUCCAGGUACGGGGAGAAGCGGCCAUCUCAGUUUGGCCCGUCCCUGAGCUGCCUGAGCCUGGCCCGCUCGGCCUCAAAAUGGGUGGAUAAGGUAUCUGACAUGUAUUUUUCCCGCAGUGCCGGCUUCGCGGAGGCAUCGGCUCGCUGGGCGCAAAGCCGGGUUCACGGACGUCAUCAUGGGGAGACGGCUUGUCUUAUGAGAGACGCACGGAGGAGCCCUUUAGAAACAGAUUACCAUAAUAACUAAUACCUUAGGUUAUUUAAGUAGCUGCAUCAGACCUGCGAAUGC